AUGGACACCAUUCUGGACAAUUUCGCCCCGGAUAAACUUUUCCCCAGUGCCAACCUGUUGGACCUUGAGGAUUUGAAUGAAGGGGAUUUUCUCAACAAUGUGCACUUCUCGGAGCAGAUGGAGGACUUCUCCAACGAGCUGUUCAGCAGCUUCUUUGAUGACCACCUCCUGGCCGACAGGAACCCACUGCUGGACAUGGAGAUGGACCCACCCAACCCUGACAUCCAGCAAGAACACAGCUACUCCCUGAGUGGAGACUCUGCCCCCCAGAGCCCCUCCAUGUCCAUCAAAAUGGAUGAGGAAGCAGAGUUUGAAGGAAUGUGGUCUUUCAGCCAGGACCUGACGGCCAUCCUGGUAAAGCAGGAGCCUGAUCAACAGGCAGAGCCUUCCUCUACAGUCCGCUCCAUGGGGAACUCAUGCUUCCAGCCUCUCAACCUCGCCCCACCACCUCACAGGAGCUCAUCGGGGGACACAGGCUCCAAAGAGUUGAACCUCAACCCCACACCUGCAAUCAAAGAUGAACCCAGAGAGGUCAACCAGUUCCUCAACAUCCCUUCAGAUGAUCAGCUGCAGCUCCCGCCCACCCCUCCCAGCAGCCAUGGCAGUGACAGUGAUGGAUCCCAGAGCCCACACUCCAUGCCCCCUUCCAGCCCAGCCCGCCUACAGGCCCGCUCCUCCGCUGCCAUAUCCUCCUCACCCCUCCUUACCGCCCCACACAAGCUACAGGGCACUUCAGGGCCCCUGAUGCUGACAGAGGAGGAGAAACGCACCCUGAUCGCUGAAGGUUACCCCGUACCCAACAAGCUGCCCCUCACCAAGACCGAGGAGAAGGCACUGAAGAGGGUUCGCAGGAAAAUAAAAAAUAAGAUAUCUGCCCAGGAGAGUCGCAGGAAGAAGAAGGAGUACGUGGAGUGCCUGGAGAAAAAGGUGGAGAACUACACGUCUGAGAACAGUGACCUGUGGAAGAAGGUGGAAACACUGGAGAGUGCAAACAGAACUCUACUCCAGCAGCUCCAGAAACUCCAGGCCCUGGUCACAGGAAAAGUUCCCCAAUCCUACAAAAUGGCCUCAACGCAAACAGGAACAUGCCUUAUGGUGGUGGCGCUGUGCUUUUUCCUGGUGCUGGGCUCCCUUGUGCCUUGUCUGCCUGAGCUCUCCUCCCUGUCCCAAACCGUGAAGUCCUCCUCGCCCCUCCCCUCGGCUGAUGUCUACACAGCCAGCCAGGUCCGCUCCCGCAGCCUACUCUUCUACGACGAGAGCUCCUCGUUGGAGGACGGUCACGGGGGCUUCCUGAAGAUGCAGGGGGACGGCUCGGAGGGGGCGCCCCUCGACUACACCGAGGACCGGUCGGCACAUGACAGCCACGGAGGCGAACACGAGAACACCAAGUACCUCAGCAAGGCUCACUCCGAUCCGGUGGACUACAACGGGACCGGCGCCCAGUUCCUCCAAGAAGAGUCGCAGUACCACAAAAUUGACACUACGGCGCCCCCUAGUGUGCCAUCCCCAACCCACCUCUCCCUGCACUCCCUGACCUCCUGCAGUAGCUCCCUGGCCUUCCUGUUCCGUCUCAUUCCCUGA